CAAAACCAAUGCUGCCCUCCACGCCGCACCCAUUUCAACUCCCAGGAGCGGGAGCAGUCGUCACUUUUCCAUGAGAAGUGCCCCCACUGCGAAAAAGUGUUCUUCACUCGUCAUCACUUUACCGACCACGUGAACGCGCACGAAGGUCGGAAGAACCACGCCUGCCCCAUUUGUAAAAAGAAAUUCACCACGAAAGGACAUUUGACCGCGCAUCUCUUCGUCCACCUGAGCGGCGAGGAGCGCGCGGAGGUGGCGCAGGGUUGGCGACACGGCUGCUACUUCUGCAGCAAACGGUUCAAAAAGCCAUUCGAUCUCAGUCGUCAUCUUGUCGUCCACACGAAGGAAAAGUUGGGCGGAAGGUGUCGCAUUUGCCGAAAAACGUUCUCUUCCAAACGAGCCCUGACCAGUCAUCGGUUCCUCCACCUCUCCGAAGACGAGAAGGUCACUCUCGUGAAGCAGGGGCCGAGUCGAGAAUGCCUAUUUUGCCAGAAGAAAUUCCCCGACAACCGCACUUAUCAUCGCCACCUAGUCUCCCACACGAAGGAGAAACCUUUUCCCUGCGACCAAUGUGGGGCGCUGUUCGGUUUGAAAAGUAACUUAACCAUGCAUGCGCCCAUUCACAGCGCGGAUCCGCGACCCUUCAAGUGCACCGAGUGCGGACACGCUUUCACUCAAAAAGCAAAUCUGGUCACCCACAAGAAGACGGUUCACUGGAGACUGAAGAACUUCGCCUGUCCCGAUUGCGCCAAGAAGUUCGGGACGAAGGGUGCCAUGGUGCAACAUCUGAAGGGUGUUCAUGCCAAAAUUCGGCACCCCUGCCCCCACUGCGGGAAGCCUAUCUUGGGAUACAUUUGAAGAAGGCUCAUCCCCCAGAAUGAAGUCCGUCAUCUUUCGACUGACCCUUCGUCAAAUUAAGACAUAUUUCCAGUCUAUUAUAUUUUUUUAUUUUCCUGAGUUCACUAUUGAUGAGAUUAUUCUUGUACGACUGAUGAAAAUGGUAUAAUUGAAUGGUAUAAAUCGUGUAAACAUGACGCAAUGUUUGUUACCUUUUUGACCAUGACGUGUUUUAAGUAUGUUUGUUUUAAGUUUUCUCCAUGUUUUAAGUAGUAAAGUCAUUCUAUU